GUAUUUUUCCUCUCUUUCUCGACAGUCUUUCUCUCAAGUCAAAGACACAUCAUUAUCAUAUUUUUUCCCUUUGUUCCAUACGAGUCACGAAACCAGAUUCCCACGAGCAUUCCUCUCUUCUCUCUCCUCUCUCUCUCUCUCUCUACAUAGCUAGAGCUCAGUUAACUCAUCAGAUUCAAAUGCCGUCUGAGACAAAGCGGCCGGCAAGAUCGACGGCGUCCGGAGGAUCUCGGCGAGACUCCAGCCCGGACUCUUUGAACUUCACACCGGAAUCAAAUCUCAGCCUCUUUUCCUCCGCCUCCGUCAGCGUCGAUCGCUGCUCUUUAACCUCCGACGCUCACGACCGCGACUCUCUCGUCUCCGCUCCCUCCCUGGAGCGAGAUCAACGGGUAGAUCCAGACAAGCGUGGAACAGGGUGUAAGAAGAACAGUCGCAACUCUAGAAAAUCAAUUAAAGUUAAAGCUUGGAAACAAGAGUGUGUGGUGAACAAAGAAGAUGAAAUCCAGAACCUUGAUUCAGCAAGAAGCUCUUUCUCUGUAGCUCUUAGAGAAUGCCAGGAAAGAAAAUCAAGAUCUGAGGCUGUGGCGAAAAUGCUAGACAACCAAAGAACUACUACUUCACUGGAUCUCAGUAAGAAAACUUCGGUUUCGACUAAUAAAUCAAGCGUGUUUCCUAGUCCCGGAACUCCCACUUACACUAUGCAAAAGGGUUGGAGCUCAGAGCGCGUGGCCUUAGGGAGAAGUCCACCAAACGCUGCGUUUUUACCUUUGUACAGUGGUAGAACAGUUCCUUCCAAGUGGGAAGAUGCUGAGAGAUGGAUACUUAGUCCUCUCGCUAGAGAAGAAGCUGCACGCACUUCGUUUACAGCGUCACGGCGCCCUAAAUCAAAGAGCGGUCCAUUAGGGCCUCCAGGACUUGCGUAUUACUCCUUGUAUUCUCCUGCUGUACCUAUGGUUCACGGUGGGAACAGAGGCUGUUUAACAUCAGCCUCUCCGUUUUCAGCUCGUGUGUUGCCGCAAAACGGCUCUACAGCAUUUCCUCAAAAAACCGAGCAUUGUAUGGCUAGGUCUGUUAGCAUCCAUGGCUGCUCUCAAACUCUUGCGCCACAAGAUGACAUACAUGAAAGUAUUAAGGAUGCGGCUGGUGAUGCUCGAGCUGUCUCAAGAAGGGAUAUGGCGACACAGAUGAGUCCAGAGGGAAGCAUCCGUUUAUCUCCUGAGAGAGAGUGUUCGUUAUCAUCCUCCUCUCCGACAGCAAGAUCAAUUGUGAAACUACUGAAUGCUCGUGUCAACAGAGCAGAAGCCAAGGAUUUACAGGUUGAUGAGAAGGUGACUGUAACUCGGUGGUCAAAGAGGCAUAGAAGUUUGCACCAUGGAGAUAGCUCAAACAUGCGAGACCACUUGCAUGGACAAGACAGGGAUCCUCAAGGCUUGACAUGGGUAAAGAACGAGGAAGCCAGAAUCAUAUCUUGGCAAAAUUUGCAGAAAGCUAAGGCGGAGGCAGAAAUAAGAAAGCUUGAGGUGAAGUUGGAAAAGAAAAGAUCAUCGUCCAUGGCGAGAAUAAUGAGAAAAGUGAAGUCAGCAGAAAAGAAAGCAGAGGAGAUGAGGAGGUCAGUGUUAGACAAUCAAGCACCAAGCGCAUCACGUGGCAAGGCUUUAUCUUUCAGAAGAAGUGGGAAGACGAAGAUUUCUUCCCUUAGUGGUUGUUUCACCUGCCAUGCUUUUUAGUAUGACGGUAAAACGACUCAUGCGUACGUACGUAACAUAUGGUUUUUGUAUUCUUGCUUGUAAUACUUUGAUCGUUGUAGGUGCUGGUGAUUUUGAUGCAUAUGUAGUUAAAGUUGAGGAAGUCUGAGGGAUGAGUCUACCCCUUUCCAUCUUUGUGACUCUUUGGUUGUUAGAGGUGAACUGAUCCCUUGAAAAAAAAAACAAAUCCAGUAUGCAUCUUCGUUUGUUCAUGUUAAUGUUGUAAUAUUUUGACAAAGCAAUGGUGACAUGGUUUGGAACAAGAGCAUAAAAACAUACUCUGUUUUCUGA